AUGGGCACCGAAGUGUUGUCAACGGAUGUGUGCUGCCCUCCAUCGCCAUCCUCCUCAUUCUCUUCCACUUCCAGCUCUCCAUCAAAUCUUGUCGACCGUCCAUUCAAGAUCAUCGUCCAAACGCAAACGUUUUUAAUCGAUGCCGAAAAUAUGCGCCAACUCUCGCCAAUUUUCUCGAUCAUGUGCUUCGGAAAGGAUUUUGAUAAGAUGGACGAAUAUCAUCGAGAGAUCGUCGAUGAGAAAAGCGGUGAUGUUGGCAUUUUUCUAGAUGCUAUACAAGACCAUUCGCUUAUUGGAGAACUCAUGCGGGGAAAGCUUGGAAUCGAAAAUGAUCAAGUGAAUCGAAAAAGAAUCGAGAAUAGCAAGAAAUCUUACUUGAAAAAUCUGCCAGUGAUUCUCCGUCUCGCCAAUAAAUAUCAAGUGGAUUCAGUGAUUGACGCGUGCGAGGAUUUCGUUCGGAGACAAAAUCUUGAUAUUCUGUCAACGGAUGAAGUGCUGACGAUAGUGAUCGCUUGCCACGAGUUUCACUCGUCAAAAGACGUGGUGGUGAAAUUGAUUCGACGUUUGGCGAAUGAAGAGAAAACGACAUUCAACAGAUUAAAGCUGAGUCGACGACUGCCCGCACAGAUCUACGGGGCAGUGAUUGGGGCGAAUUUGAAUUUGUGCCAAAUUCGCGAGGUCGGGCAAAUGAACGGGCACUGGUUGAGGACUGUUGGUUCUCGCGCUCGCUGGUACCGUGCCCCAUGUGAAUUCUGUAAGCAGAUCACCGAUUGUGCGAAUUGUGAUACUUGCCGAAAAACAAUGUGUCGCGAUCACGUGGCCGAAAAUAAAUGCCCUGACUCGUACGGGACGAAAAUGCUCAAAGAACUCAAGGAGAACAUUGUCGAAUUGGAAUGGGAU